GCUCAGCUCUCUCUAGCAUGUCUAGCUCUCUGCUAUUAUUAAAACUCCACGCGAGCCUAACUAGAGCUGAUCGGUUCUGAACUUGAUGAGAAUAUUUCAGACUGCCAUCAUCAGCGGAUAGAAGCAUAUAUCUGAGAAUAUUUAGCAAGUAUCGUACCGGGGUUCUAGCACUAUUGUAUAUCAUUUAGACACUCUUCUUCCUCUGGAGUCUGGUGACCAUGUCGGAUUGGAACAAUAGAAAGCUCGCUGCCCAGGCCAAGAUAGAUGAAUCAGCCUCAGAUCUAAAUAAAAUCAGUCAAGAGAUCUGGUCCCGCCCUGAGCUUGGUUACAAUGAACAUCAUGCUCACAAGAUUCUCACCGAUUACCUAGAAAAGGAAGGUUUUGAGGUUACAAGAAAUUAUCACCUUGAGACUGCAUUCAAGGCUACAUAUGGAUCUGAUACUGGCGUCCAUGUUUGUGUGAUCUGUGAGUACGAUGCUCUUCCUGAAAUUGGCCAUGCCUGCGGACAUAACCUCAUAGCUGAAUGUGGAGCAGGUGCAGGUCUGGGGAUCAAAGCAGCGUUAGAACUUGAUGACUCUCUGGUUGGCAGGGUGACGGUGCUUGGUACGCCAGCAGAAGAAGGAGCAGGAGGAAAGAUAGACCUGAUUAACGCUGGAGCCUUCAAGGAUAUGGACGUAGCUAUGAUGGCACAUCCAUAUGCUUACACUGUACCACAACCUCUACACCUGUCAAUGCUAGAAUUAACAAUACACUACACUGGUCUAGCUUCCCAUGCAUCUGCUGCUCCUUGGAGAGGUUUAAAUGCCCUAGAUGCAGCUGUCAUGUGCUACAGUAAUAUCUCGGUCAUGAGGCAACAGUUUAGACCGGAAUGGAGAGUUCAUGGUAUCUUCACCAAUGGUGGUGCCAAGCCUAACAUCAUUCCAGAGGAAGCAGAACUCCUGUACUAUCUGAGAGCUCCUGAAAGUAAGCAACUUGGUGUCCUCAAAGAGAAGAUCGUUGGAUGCGCCCGAGGUGCAGCAGUAGCAACAGGGUGUGAGGUCGAGUUUAAAAGAGGUUGCAACUACGAUAACGUGAUUCACAACGAUGCCUUAUCAUUCUCCUUUGAGAGACACGCAGAAAGCUUGGGUUUCAGCUACCCCUCUGAGAGGAGAAGAGAGAAGGGUGGUUCUACUGACAUGGGUAAUGUUUCCUACGUCCUUCCCAGCAUACAUCCCAAGUUUGGCAUUCCAACUGAGGCAGCUACUCAUACACCUGGCUUCACCAAAUGGGCAGGCCUGCCUGGAGCACAAGCACCCACCCUGAUCCAAGCCAAAGCCAUAGCCAUGACGGGUAUCGAUGUGAUAGACCCUGAUACUAACCUACUGAAGACUGCGCAGGAAGAGUUCCAGAAGACUGUCAAUGGCCUCACAUAGCAUCGCUAGGAGUCACACACCUAACCUGACACACACCCGUCACACACCUAUCCAGCUAAGGCCAUGUCCAAGACUGAACUGAUAGAUGAAGCAACGUCAUUCUGCAGAUCACCUGGAAGAAGUUCAGAAGACUACCAGGAGCAUCAAGUAAUCUUUGUUACGGAAGUUCUGAGUGGUAUAAAAUAACAAAUGAAUGUUUACAUUUACAAAGUGUUCAGGCCAUAUUUACUGUCAUAGAUGUAAUUCUGAUAUAUCAUUUAAUGGAAAAUAUUUUUGAAUUAUUUACAGAGAUGUUCUAUUGAUGAUGAACUCAGAAAAAUAUGCAUGUGUUGUUGAUCAAAUGGAAAGUCUUUGUGUUAAGGCAUAUGUGCAAUUUACAUGCAAGGGCAUGGCCAAGACUUGUACUGAUGAAAAUCUAACACCAGCUUUCUUGAUGCUGGGAGCCAGGCUGGGCUGGAACUUGGAACCCAGCGAGUUGGGGGGAUUUCUGCCGGGUCAAGCCAGUCCGGGUUGAGAGCUAAAGCAGCAGAGAUCGAAAGCUGUAAUAAGUCUUGGAAAAAUACUGAAAAAACAGCGAGAUAUUGUAACUAUUUACCUCCAUGUGUGAACUGAGUUCAUACUUACUCCCAGAUAAUCUAACUAAAUUGAUCCUUAACAUGAAUUUCAGCCCCAUAGAGCAACAAAAACGACUUUAUUUUGGCUUCGAUCGGGACAUCUUAUUCAAAUUCGUUGUCGAGUUUCGCCAAAUGAAUGUAGUGGGCAGCAACACUGUUGAUUUCACUUUGUGUUUACCGCUUGUAAUCGCUAAUUUCUGCACAUAUCCAAAAGAAUGUAUGGCAGACCGAGACCCUAAAUCUGAGAAUUAAAACGAAAUCAAGAUCAAAGCCGAAAUAAAGCUGUUCCUGAUGCUCAUUGAGGUUAGAACUCAGGUUAAGAUUGUUGCUUUGGAAUUGAUUCUGAUAAAAAUUUAGGUUGAAUUGUUUUGCUGACAUCUCAGGGUAUGAAAGUGCAUUAGGGCCUAGCAUGAACCUAGCGAGGCCAGGCUUCUAUAGGGGCUGCAGCAGCGGUGUUGUGCAGUGGCUCUGAGUUCCGGGCUGAUCCAGGACCCUGAGAUCAGGUGCUUGAGCACCUGACAAAGGUAGCUGUGCUAAAGCCAGGGUAAUGAUAAUAGCAGGGCCCACUGGGAGAACAGUUUUCGGAACUGAGGUGGCUACCCUGGGUAAAUAUGCCAUUAUUAUUAUUUUGUAUUAUUACCAGUGAGUUGGCAGCUGUUGACUUCUAUUUCUUCUUCCUUCUUCGUACCUAAUAAUAUUGGUUGAUAGAUUAUGUCACUGGUUUGGCUCAUGGAAGAUUUUGUGUUGGACGUGCCGUUUGGCCACCAAGAUCAGAGGAAUAAAGCUUUUGAUACCUAUCCUCUAGCUCAUUAACCUCGCAGUUCAAUGAUGCAUUGAAGAUCCUUCCUUCUGCUUGUUCAUCCCCACCAAUAAAUAGUGCCUAGAACCAUUUAUUUUAGUAGGGAACAAUCAGAAAAGGCCUUUUCUUCCCUCCUCUCCUGUGGUUCUUUAUCAGGGAGGCCUCUGGUUUGGCACUACCAGUAACGAGACCAACUUCUUCAUUGAUGAACAGGAGUUUGAUCUUAUCCAAGUCAGUAGCAUGCUUUUGAUAUGCGACGGGAGAUAUCUAGGACGAUAACUUGAGCUGAAAAUCAAUCUGCGCCGGGGGGAGGGGUAGUACUUAGAUUUGGUUUGGACUGGGGUGUGCGGCCGAAGGCUCAAAAGUC